AUGAAGUCGUCUUCACUUCCUACGUUCUUUCCGUCGCAAUGUAAUGGUAACGAAGAUUCCACAAAAUCCAUCGAAUGGAUGAAAUUCACGAUGGCUUUCAUCUUUUCCGCAUUGUCGAUCAUCGGAAUUGUUGGCAACAUUCUCGUGAUCACGGUAGUCUUCAAAGUACGAGGAAUGAAAACACCGACGAACUGUUAUCUGGUAUCACUGGCAGUGAGUGACACACUAUUCUUCAUUGCAACCACUCCGACGGAACUUUCGUCACUUUUCACAAAAGACUAUCCAUUCGGAUCAAUAUGCUGCUCACUCUUCACGUACUUACCGUAUUUGGCGAUAAACACGUCCUCCCUCUCCAUCACUGCGUUCACCGUUGAGCGCUUCAUCGGUGUUUGUCAUCCAUUUUGGGCCAGGACGAUUUGUACGGUGAAACGAGCCAAACUGAUCAUCUUCAUUAUUUGGGUUUUUUCGUUUAUUUAUAAUUUUCCAUGGCUUUUCCUUUCGGGUCUGAUUGUUGACGAAGAAGGCGGUUACUGUGAUUUUAAGAUGGGCAGAGAAGACUGGAAGUAUAAGGUAAUGUAUGUCGGUGAUUUGGUUGGAUUCUAUGUGAUUCCCAUGUUUCUCAACAUCGUUAUCUACGUGAAAAUCGCUAUCGUUCUUAGCCAUUGCGAAGAUAAUAAGAAAUACAGUGAUUCAGCAAGAAAAAAUAUAGAAAAAUUUAUACACUUCUAUGAUCCAUUUUCACGAGUGGUGAAAAUGCUGGCACUGGUGGUGUUCGUCUUCGCCACUUGUUGGCUACCGUACAGGGCGAUGGUGGUGAACAACUCGUUUCGUGACGAGAAAUGGAACACAGACGGGUAUAUCUUCUUCUCAAAGACCAUGAUAUUCAUAAAUUGCGCUAUCAAUCCGAUUCUUUACAAUUUGAUGUCGGCACGGUUUCGUGCUGCAUUUCGAAGCUUAUUAAAUGGAAAAACUGCCAUAAACCAUCCGCGACCACCGAAGAUGACAAUAAUGGCAAAGAUCGAGAACGGCAAACCGACAUUGGCACCGGCGUAG